AAUGGUGGUCUGAUUGUGGCAUUCGUGAGUGUGUAGGUCAGACGAAUUUGCCGGUGUUAGAACACAUUUUAGCCUAUAUUUUUACACUGAGUAAUUGGGUUGUUUCUCAGAAUCAACACACCACAUCCAGCCACCAUGGAUGACUAUUUGAAGCUGUUGGGGGCUGGGGCAGUUACUCUAGGAGCUGUGACAACAGCUACUGCCAUGUAUUACCUCAACCGACCCAAGCCUAUAGAACAGCCUGUGGAUAUCCACCAUCAGUCCCUUGAAGUGCCGGGCAAAGAUAGAGCUCGUGUGUCCUGUUUAUGUAAGAAUGGCAAACUUGUUGAAUAUCUGGAGGAAGAUGUUCGUACUCUGAGGGAAGCUUUCCAGAGAGGAUCAAGGGUGUCCAAGAAUGGACCUUGUUUGGGAUGGAAACCAACACCAUCAACACCAUACCAGUGGAUGUCUUACAGUGAGGCACUGUCCAGAGCAGGUGAUCUGGGAUGUGGGUUGAUUAAGAAAGGCCAACAACCAGUGAACAGCACACAUAUUGGGAUCUAUUCUCAGAACAGACCCGAGUAUGUGAUUACAGAACAAGGCUGUUACAUGUUCUCUAUGGUUCUGGUACCUCUGUACGACACACUUGGCAGGGAGGCUUGCAAAUUCAUCCUCAAUCAAGCUGAGAUCAGCAUUGUGAUAUGUGAUAACAACACAAAGGUGCAGAACCUUUUGAAUGACAAGACAGCCCUGCCACUGCUGCACACCCUGGUCGUCAUGGAAGAGCCCAGCCAAGAGAACCUGGUCAAGGCCAUGGAGCUCAAGGUCACCAUCAUGACCUUCAAACAGCUGGAGGAACUUGGAAGUCAGAAUCCCCAUGAACCUGUGCCUGCUAAACCUGAUGAUAACUGUAUGGUCUGCUACACUAGUGGAACAACAGGGUUACCUAAAGGUGCUAUGCUAACACAUGCUGGCUUGAUAUCGAUCGUGGUUGGCUGCUACCUGCAAGUUCCUUUUAUGAACAUUGGACCUGAUGACAUAAUGAUCUCGUACUUGCCACUGGCUCACUCCUAUGAAAGACUGAUAGAGGUAUAUGUCUACAUGUUUGGGGGCCGUAUUGGAUUUUUCCAAGGAGAUGUACGUAAAUUGAUGGAUGACAUAAAGGAGCUUAAACCCACUCUAUUUCCUACAGUACCAAGGCUUCUGAACAGAGUUUAUGAUAAGGUAAUGGCACAAGUUAACAGCAGUCCAAUCAAAAAGUACAUCUUCAACUUGGCUCUGAGGAAAAAGGAAGAGGAAUUACAAAGGGGUAUUGUUCGGAAUGAUGGGUUCUGGGAUAAACUAGCAUUCCGUAAAGUGGCUGAGUCAUUGGGAGGCCGUAUUCGUUUGAUCUCAACAGGUUCCGCGCCACUCUCCCCAUCUGUUCUAACCUUUAUCCGGUGUGUUACAGGGUGUGUGGUGUUGGAAGGCUAUGGGCAGACAGAGUGCCAUGCCAUUGCCACCUUGCAAGUACCUGGCGACCAUGUCGCAGGUAAUGUUGGACCACCUCUCACAUGUAAUUACAUCAAACUGGCUGAUGUACCAGACAUGAACUACUUCGCAGCUGAUCAGAAAGGAGAGAUUUGUAUCAAAGGACCAAAUGUAUUCAAGGGCUAUCUGAAAGAUCCGAAGAAGACACGAGAGGCCCUUGAUGACGAUGGCUGGUUACAUACAGGGGACAUCGGGACAUGGUUGCCUAAUGGCACCCUCAAAAUCAUCGACAGAAAGAAGCAUAUCUUCAAAUUGGCUCAGGGUGAAUAUAUAGCCCCAGAGAAGAUAGAGAAUAUUUACAUUCGCAGCCAGCUGGUGUGUCAGAUGUAUGUUCACGGAGACAGCUUGAAGGCUUGUUUGAUUGGUGUAGCUGUACCAGACGCAGACACAUUCCCCAAGUUCGCCAAGAAAUCCCUGGGGAUUAUGGGCACCCUGGAGAGCUUAGCUGCUAACCCUGCAUGCAAGAAAGCAAUAUUAGAAGAUAUUACAGAGGUGGGAAAGAAGGCUGGCCUGCAGUCAUUUGAACAGGUGAAAGAUAUUUAUAUCUAUCCAGAACAGUUUUCAGUUGCCAAUGGCCUCCUUACACCAACAUUGAAAUCAAAACGUCUUGAACUGAAGAAGUUCUUCAACACCCAGAUUGAAGACAUGUACAGCCGUUUGACAUAGGCGUUACACAAGACAUUUUUUAUUUCAGUUUUAUCGCAAGUACCAUAGGAUAUGCUGUGAGGCUUUGCGUGUAAGUGUGGGAGUGAGGUAACACUGUGUGAUAGACUAGUGUGAUGUUUUCCUGUGUGACCACAUUGUCCUGUACAGGUUUCACAGUACGAGGUCAGUUCCUGGUACAUACCACUGGUGAGGACAGACAUAAUACCGACCAUACUAUAGCAUUAUGAUGUAAAUAUACUGAUGAUUGUUGUCAUGUUUGGAGCCACCCAGUGACACAUAUAACCAUAUGAACAGUGCAGCUAUAUGUUAUGUGUAUGUGUAGCAAGUGUCAACUACUGCCUGCUGGACUUCUAGCUGAUGCAUCAUAACUUAUUAUAGCUUAAAGCUUAUGAAUGAAUUUUUUACAAUUUGCAAAUCGUCCAGUUUGGUUUAGGUCCAGUUGUUAUCAGGCAUAUUAUGUUUAUUUAUUUAUUUAUUUGAUUGGUGUUUUACACUGUACAAAAGAAUAUUUCACUUAUCCGACGGCAGCCAGCAUUAUGGUGGGAGGGGGCUGGGCAGAGUCCACCCCCCGGGGGGACCCCACGACCAUCCACAGGUUGCCUGCAAUCCUUCCCACUUAUGGCCAGAGGCAUAUUAUGUAGAUUCUGGCCUGCAGAAAAUGUAACAAAUAAUAAUUUCACUCUGCAAACAUUUCAACAUGGUCCAAGUCAUUAGACAUUUCUUUUAUGUGUGUGAAUUAGUCACUAUCCUUCCUUUUGAUGUAUGGUUUGAAAGUAUUUGUGGUAAGGAUUGAUGUGAACAGCUUCAUUGUUGUUUAUUUGUUUGAUUGGUGUUUUACACCGUACUCAAUAAUAUUUCAUUUAUACGAAAAUGAAAGCAUUAUGGUUGGAGGAAACCGCGCAGAGCCCGGGGGAAACCCACGACCAUUUGCAGGUUACUGCCAGACCUUCCCACAUACGGCCAGAGAGGAAGCCAGCAUGAGCUGGACUUGAACUCACAGCAGCCACAUUGGUGAGAGGCUCCUGGGUCAUUACAAUGCUUUAGCGCUCUAACCAACUGUUUGUUAUUGUCAGAGCUUAUAAUUAUCAGGUAUAUGUAGUAUUUAUGACUCUAGUCUGUUCAUUCGACCCCAGCUAAUGUUUUGUUUGGUGUGCCAUUCAGAUUUCUGUAUAUUUUUUUUGCCUAGUUUAUGAAAAAAGUGUACUUUCUGCUCGAUUGCAAGUUGUGUGGUUGUGACAUUUUGACUUUCUGUUUUCAUUCAAGUUGUUUGCUCAUACUUUGUGCAGUAUUCAGGAAUUCCAUAGCACACUGUUACCAACUAUGCUGUUUGACACUUGUGUACAUUUUGCAGAGUUUUUCGUCAAUAAUCUGUCACCUUUUGGAUAAAUAUGUAUAAAAUGAUUUUCUGUGUGAAAAUGUUUCUAGGGCUUGUGCCUGUUCAAACAGGAUUCAGAAGGCAGUCCUCAUCAAUGAUGUGUAUAUUUAGUACAAACAUGACUAUCCUGUGUUCCUUCAUUGUUAGCAUAUAUAUGAGCUUUAUGAACAUCAUAUGUAUGCCACUAAACAGUAAAGUCAGUAGAAAAAAAUUCAUGCGAUGCUUACAAAAAAAAAAAUAAAAUAAAAUAAAAUUUGCAGAGAGGACUUUACUCAAAAUUUAUGAUAAAAUUUCGGUUAGAAUUCCUUAGUUUUAACUAACCAAACCCACUAGCAUGAAUCCAUCUAAUAACGUUAUGUUUACGUUAUUACCAUAGCAACCAGAAGUGAAGAUGUAGCAUUGCUAUGGAAAGCAAGUGCAUGUAACUUUGCAAAAGCUUUCUGUAAGUGGGACUUAAGCUUCUGGUACACUUCCUGUACAGAAGCUGUAGAAACAAAGCAGUCAGUAUUGUUCUGAUUUCUGACUUGACUGAUUUGUUUCAUGUUUUAUUUACGACUCUCUUUUGAACAGUUACUCUUACGUUAUUUGGCUGUAUACAAUGUAUUUAAUUUUCCAAUAUAAGAUAAUUUGUGUGCAGUUCAUAUAGUUUGUAUUCCACUGUGCAGAUACUCGUGUAGUUAAUGGAGCCUUGGAAAAGAGUGCUAUUAUACAGGGUUAAAAUGGUAGGUACCGUUGCAUUGUUAUCGCAUCUUCAGAUGGCGAUUGGCGCAUCUGUGCAAUCUUUCUUUACUAAUGACCAGGGUUUUAACACAUGUUAUUGUGUAAUUCUGAGGUAGCGUAAACUGGAAUGAAGUUGAUUAGAUGAAACACUCAAUAACACUGGGGAAUAGUUAUUAUGGUCAGUUGUAGGGCAAACUUAUACCUUCUAUAUCCAACCAAUGGGGGCCACAUUAUAUCAUUGCAUAUGCGGAGGAAAAAUCUAACAAUAGUGGUGCCUUGAUGCACAGACUGUAUCACCAUGCUGCACGUACUCGUUUACUCUCAAUAUACUCAUUAGACUUGUUUGUUUUCUGUGGUAGUGAGAAGGCAUACAGAUUUCUGUAAAUUACCUUGAAGGAACCAUAUGGAUGUAUUAAAUGCGAUUGCAUGUACAUGUAUCUUAACAUGAUUUUGUGGGGUAAACAUGGUUCAGCUUGUCUCGAUGGAGAUGCUAUGGCUAACACGUAUAGGUGACUCCAUUUGCACGAAGGCAGGGUUGUUGGAAGGGUAGAUAGUACCCAAUGUCAGCCUCUCCGUGGAGGUGAAAACGUUCUACUGCACAACUGGAUUGCAUGUUCAGAAACAGUGGCAUGUGUGGGUGUCUUGACAGGAACAAUACUGAAUGGAGAUGCCAGUUGUGAUGUAACCGUAGCCAGAUAUGGAUUAGUGGAAUGCUAACUUAUUCUCUGACAUUUUUAUCCCUUCUGUAGUGGAUUACGUGGUUUGUGUUGAGCUAGCCUUGAAGGCAACUGUUUGCCAGUGUGGUGUAUAUGUAAAGCUUUCGUUUACAGUGGCGUUACAGUGAGAAGAGUUGCAAACCUACAUUGCACUGUCAGUGUUGUAAUGCAGGUGUAAAGUGUGAGUUGCCAGGCACCACAGCGUGCAUUUACUGUGUGACACAUUUUACAUUUGAUGUAAUUCUUUAAUGAGCAUCGAUUCUAAAGAGGCUAUUACGAUGUACAUACCCUGUGAGAUUCUGCUGUGUUUUUCAUGGCGAAACCUUUGACAUUUAAGUCUGAUCUGUCUACUUUGGCAAACCUGUUGCUUUUUUCAAUGGUGAAUGUGACAAUAAACUUACUAUCCCUCUGUA